AUGCAAUUUACCACCAACGUCUCUACCACGAGUGACGAAGAGUUCUCCGACUCGAUCAGGGCCCUCCGUAUGGGACCUGAAGAUGCCUCCGCAGGUGCACCACCUGCGUGGCUCCAAGGACUCCUCCAGCAACAGGCUUCGCGAGAAGAGGCCUUUUGGAUCGAGCUUCGAGACCUAAGAGCUCAGCUGGCUGCUGCUACCAGCACGCCCCAGCGUCCGAAGGAGAAGCUGGCUCCGCUCGAGACCUUUGACGGGACUGAUCUGGUCCGAUACCCCGCCUGGCGACUCAACACCAGGGCCAAACUCCGUGUAGACGGCGGAGCCAUUGGCCCCCUCGAUGACCAGGCCUGUUAUGUGUUUGACCGCCUCCAUGGAGCCGCGGCGACCAAGUUCCGUUCAUGGAUGGACGCGCAGACAACCACCGAUCUCGAUCUGGAGACUGUCUUUGCUCAGCUGGAUAUCCUCUUUUCGGACCCGGUCCUUGCUGCAAGAGCUCUCAGCUGGCUGCAGAACACCCAUCAACGCAGUCUUCCCCUUGAUACCUUGCUUCCAAUCUUCGACCAGAAGAUCCUGGAAGCCGAGGGACAGUUCUGGGAUGGCAGAAUCAAGAUCAGCAUGCUCCAGAAUGCCCUCAACUGGGAGCUCCUGAGGGCGAUGGUUCCACAGGCUGACACGGAUAAUUACGUGGAAAUACUGCAGCCAGGCUCCGUAUGGUUGAGGCUAGGCGGUCUCCAGGUGAAGGCCCUUCAGAGCUGUGGCCAGAGGAGGGUCGUCCCAGCGGCGCCCCGGACCACUGCCGCGAAGCCACCCAGAGUCUCUGGGAUCUCCGGUGCCGACGCUGCAGAAAGGCGCGCUCAGGGCGUGUGCAUCAACUGCGCGAGGCCUGGACACAUCGCCUCGCGCUGCACCAUCCCGUUCGUCCCUGUCAUGCAGCGCCCUGUUCGCGCUCGCGACGCCUCAGCAGGAAGCCCCAAAGGACCCUCGAGACGACGGGACUUGAGGUCUGACCUUGGCCAGCGUUCAUCAUCAGUAGCAGCAGCAGCAGCAGCAGCAUACAGCACGCACUACUCUCUUCUCCUUCUUCUCCUUCUUGACCCUGUGCUGAUCGUACAGCACUACUUUUUCUCCUCCUUCUUUGACCCUGUGCUGAUCAUGCAAAUCCCUACUGCGCGGGAGGCAGCAGAGCGACUCCAGCCGCCCCGCGCACGGAGGCCCAGCCAUCCCGCCACCCGGCCUGGCAGCCAGUGA